UGCAUUGAGUGUUCAACUUGCAAAAGAGCAGGUUCUUUUCUUGUAAAAGAAAAUAGAACCCUAAAAUAUUUUUAAAUAUAUAAAUUGCAUAAGUUUUAAUAAAAAAAUUUUUGAAUAAAAAAAUGCCUAAUAAGAAAAAUCCCAGAAUACGCAAUAGAGCGCGUAAUAAAGCAAAUCGUUUGAAAUUAUUGGAAAACCAAGAAAAUCAAGAAAACCUUAACAACGAGCAAACAGUUACUAACAUACAAGAACAAGAGCAUUUCAAAUUGCCAAAAAGUGAGUUGAAUGAACCUUCUUUACACGAAGAAGCAGAGGAUGAUGAAGAUGACGAUAUGCCGGAACUUAUGGAUGAUAAUAAUGUAGCUUUUAAUAAAACGCCGCAACAGGAACAGGAUCCACUUAAAACUUUGCAAAAUCUAAUGCAAAGUAAAUUCAUGCAAAAACAAUCAAAAACUAGCGAAGCAAAGGAAACGAAGAACAAAGCAACGGAAGUGAAAACUAACGAUAAAGAUUUGAAAGAGAAAUCGUUGAAAAAUGCCAAUGUUAAAGCGGGAAAAACAAAAGAAAAGCUAAACGAAAAUGAAAGUGCAAGUGAAAAGAAUGCAUUUAUACAAAAUCUACAAAAGAAAAUGGAACAGAUGAUGGCAAAUGGCGAUGAAAAUCUACCCAAUACCUUAAUGGAGAAUCUUAAAAAAAUGUUUGAUCAGGGCCCAGUAACCGAUAUUGAAUCCAGUGAUGAUGAGGAAGAAUAUAUUGAAUACAUUUAUAAACCAAGAAAAUACUUUCUAGUGGCUUUGUGCAAUUUGUGUAAAACCGAUUUGUGUAAACUUUCUCAGCUAAUUGAAUGUUCAAAAUGCCAUAUGACAUUUUACUGCAGUAUGGAACAUAUGCAUAAUGAUGCAGAACAUCAGCAAUUAUGUUAUGCCUUGCAACAAGUGGCUGCUGAAACGUGUCAUGGUCACAUUUUUAAAAACUGCUCAACUAUGCCGGCCGAUCAUUUUCGUUCUUAUCGCAUUAUAACCAUACGUAAAGUUGAAUCUAUCCUAGAGCGUCAUUUAAAUGCCACCGAGCAAGAGGUUAUUCUAUUUCCUCGCCUCUGUAAUAAUGUAAAAUGUCGUGAAUAUCAAUAUGAGAAGUUACAUGAUUGUUCAGAAUGUGGUAUGAUAGCUUAUUGUCUGGAACAUCCUGAACAUAUGAAUCCAGAGGAUCAUGCCAAAUGGUGUAAAUCGUAUCAAUUGUUUAAGGAAUUGGUACAAUUUCAAGAAAAAUUCGGACGUUUAGAUCCUGCAUUGCCCACAAAGAUCUUGAAAGAAUUGCCCAUAAGUUGUUUAAAUACAAAGGAGAUUUUUAAUAAACUGGGUUGUGAUCUUCCGGUGAACAGUGAAUAUGCCAGUUUAUCUCAAAUUUCCACUGGUCCUUUAACUGCCUGGUAUGCCUUAAAGUUGGCCGAUCAAUUAAAGAAUCAUGAAAGCCUAACCAUACAUUUAAUAGGUGCUGAAAUCGAAUUCGAGGUGGAUGUUUUACACAAAUGGGAAUUAUUCUUUUUGCAUAUAACGCCUUGUGUUAAAAGCCUUAAUAUUGUUUUUGUGGGUCCUGAACUAAAUCCCAAUAAUAUAUCUUUUGAUCAAUUACAAAAAACCAAAUGUUGCACAGCUUGUCGAAAAUCGCAACGUAAUGUCAGAUAUUUUUUUGAAUCGUAUAUUUAUCAUGAUUAUUGUAGAUCGGACAAGUUUUUAAAGCCCAAUUUAAUCUGCUUUUUCAAUGCCGGCCUCUAUCGUUCGACUGGCUACAAUAUGGAAGAUACUUGGCCUGAAACCAUUUUAGCGGCUGCCAAUCUUCAGGUACCCAUAGUAGUAACUGCCUAUACCGAAUAUGAAAGUCCUUUGGAUAUGCAACGCUUUGCGGAAGAGUGUCAACGUAAAUUGCGCUUAAUACAAGCGCCGUCACAAAAUCCCUUUGCCUCCGUUAAACCGGAACGUAAUUUCAUAUCCGACGAUGAGGCUCCCUUAAUGUUUAAAAACUACUAUUGUUUUGUGGUAGAAUAA